CGAUCUGGAUCUGUACCAGCAGCCCCUUGCCUGGCUCCGUGUAUCAAAACAACUCAUUCUUCUCCUUUCGUUCUCUGGGCUCCGUACUACUUUUUUUGUACUUCAUACGCAAUUAGAACAAAGGCAGGCUAAUCGUGUGGAAUCACUGAGUCAAUUCGAUUCCAAUUCUUAACUCAGGUAAUUCAGCCUACUCCAAGUAAAGAGAGGUAAAAGAACGAGCCCUACCAUUUCGUUAUCCAUUUCCUAGAAUCGAUUUUAUAACCGACGCGCAGUAUCCGACCCGGGAAUGGCUUCUUCGGAAGCCGAUUCCCGCUUGAGCCAAGUGGUAGCCCCGGCCUUAGAGAAGAUCAUCAAGAACGCUUCAUGGAGGAAGCACUCCAAGCUCGCUCACCAAUGCAAAUCUCUCCUCGAGAAACUCACUACGAAGUUGCCUUUGUUGCCGUCUGAUUCGGAGCCUGAUAACUCGAUCCCUGGUCCGCUUCAUGACGGCGGCCAGGUGGAAUAUUCCCUUGCUGAAUCGGAGACAAUUCUAAGCCCUCUGAUCAACGCUUGCGCCACUGCUUUCGACAAGAUCGUGGAUCCGGCGGUUGAUUGCAUUCAGAAACUAAUCGCUUACGGUUACUUACGUGGCGAAGCGGACCCCACUGUAGGUCCCGAGGCUCAGCUCUUAUCGAAACUGACAGAAUCCGUCUGCAAAUGCCACGAUUUAGGUGACGAUGCUGUUGAAUUACUGGUUUUGAAAACGCUUUUAUCAGCUGUAACAUCCAUAUCUCUCCGAAUUCAUGGUGAUUGCUUGUUGCAAAUUGUGAGAACUUGUUAUGACAUUUAUUUAGGGAGUAAAAAUGUAGUCAAUCAAACCACAGCAAAAGCUUCUUUGGUUCAAAUGUUAGUGAUUGUUUUUAGGAGAAUGGAGGCUGAUUCCUUGACGGUUCCGAUUCAACCAAUUGUUGUGGCUGAACUAAUGGAACCUGUUGAGAAAUCCGAUGCUGAUGGAUCAAUGACUCAAUUUGUUCAAGGGUUUAUAACUAAAAUCACACAGGACAUUGAUGGAGUAUUGAAUCCAGCGGCACCGAGUAAGGUUUCUUUAGGUGGCCAUGGCGGCGCAUUUGAAACUACCGCUGUUGAAACCACUAAUCCAACCGACUUGCUGGAUUCUACUGAUAAAGAUAUGUUGGAUGCAAAAUAUUGGGAGAUUAGUAUGUACAAGACAGCACUGGAAGGGAGGAAAGGGGAGUUGGCGGAUGGUGAAGUGGAGAGAGAUGAUGAUUUGGAGGUUCAGAUUGGGAAUAAGUUGAGAAGGGAUGCCUUUUUGGUGUUUAGAGCACUUUGCAAGCUGUCGAUGAAGACGCCACCAAAAGAGGCUUUGGCAGAUCCCCAUUUGAUGAGAGGGAAGAUUUUGGCACUUGAGUUGUUGAAGAUUUUGUUAGAGAAUGCUGGAGCUGUAUUUAGAACAAGUGAAAGGUUUUUAGGUGCCAUAAAGCAAUACUUGUGUUUGUCACUGUUGAAGAACAGUGCUUCAUCUCUUAUAAUUGUUUUCCAGCUUUCUUGCUCAAUUUUCAUUAGUCUGGUGUCAAGGUUUCGAGCUGGCUUGAAAGCCGAAAUUGGAGUAUUUUUUCCUAUGAUUGUCCUCAGGGUCCUGGAAAAUGUUGCUCAACCUAAUUUUCAGCAAAAGAUGAUAGUUCUUCGUUUUCUGGACAAGCUUUGUGUUGAUUCACAGAUCUUGGUAGAUAUCUUUCUCAACUAUGAUUGUGAUGUCAAUUCAUCAAACAUAUUUGAGAGAAUCGUCAAUGGACUGCUGAAAACGGCUCAAGGUGUUCCUAGCAGUACAGCUACAACACUCCUUCCACCUCAGGAAGCAACAAUGAAACUUGAAGCUAUGAAGUGUUUAGUGGCUAUUUUAAAAUCAAUGGGAGACUGGAUGAACAAACAGUUGCGCAUUCCAGAUCCUCAUUCUGCAAAGAGAUUUGAAACAGUUGAAAACAGUCCUGAACCAGUAAAUGUCCCCAUGGAAAAUGGGAAUGGAGAUGAGGCUGUUGAAGGAUCAGAUUCUCAUUCUGAAGCCUCUAGUGAAGCUUCAGAUGCUUUAACAAUCGAGCAACGUCGAGCUUACAAGCUUGAGCUUCAGGAAGGUAUAUCACUUUUUAAUCGGAAACCUAGGAAAGGAAUUGAAUUUCUAAUUAAAGCAAAUAAGAUUGGUGACUCCCCAGAGGAGAUUGCUGCUUUUCUUAAAAAUGCAUCUGGUCUGAACAAAACAUUGAUUGGUGAUUAUCUUGGAGAAAGGGAAGACUUAUCACUGAAAGUGAUGCAUGCCUAUGUUGACUCCUUUGACUUUCAAGGCAUGGAGUUUGAUGAUGCAAUUCGAGCCUUUCUGCAAGGUUUUAGAUUGCCUGGUGAGGCACAAAAGAUCGAUCGAAUCAUGGAAAAGUUUUCUGAGCGUUACUGCAAAUGUAAUCCAAAGGCUUUCAUCAGUGCUGAUACAGCUUAUGUCCUUGCUUACUCUGUGAUAUUGCUCAAUACUGAUGCUCAUAAUCCUAUGGUCAAGAACAAGAUGUCAGCUGAUGAUUUCAUAAGAAACAAUCGUGGCAUAGAUGAUGGAAAAGAUUUGCCGGAGGAGUACUUAAGAUCAUUAUAUGAACGGAUAUCAAAAAAUGAGAUCAAAAUGAAAGAUGAUGAUUUGUCUGUGCAGCAGAAGCAGUCAAUGAAUUCCCACAGAAUAUUAGGUCUGGACAGUAUCUUGAAUAUUGUGAUACGCAAGCGUGAUGAUGACCAGCAUAUGGAGACCAGUGAUGAUCUUAUCAAGCACAUGCAAGAACAAUUUAAAGAGAAAGCUCGGAAAUCCGAGUCAGUUUAUUAUGCGGCUACAGAUGUAGUAGUUCUGAGAUUCAUGGUUGAGGUGUGCUGGGCUCCUAUGUUGGCUGCCUUCAGUGUGCCUCUCGAUCAAAGCGAUGAUGAAACAGUGAUAGAAUUAUGUCUUGAAGGCUUCCGCUAUGCAAUCCAUGUAACUGCUGUGAUGUCCAUGAAGACUCAUAGAGAUGCUUUUGUGACUUCAUUAGCUAAGUUUACUUCACUGCACUCUCCUGGAGAUAUCAAGCAAAAAAAUAUAGAUGCUAUCAGGGCAAUAGCUACAAUUGCUGAUGAAGAUGGAAAUUAUUUACAAGAGGCUUGGGAGCAUAUUUUGACAUGUGUAUCUCGGUUUGAGCAUUUGCAUCUCUUGGGGGAGGGUGCUCCUCCCGAUGCCACUUUCUUUUCCUUUCCUCAGAAUGAGUCAGAAAAACCUAAGCAAGCUAAGUCAACUGUCCUUCCAGUUUUGAAGAAGAAGGGACCUGGGAGAAAUCAGCAUGCUGCUGCUUCUGUAAUGAGGGGCUCAUAUGAUAGUGCAGGUAUUGGAGGUAGCUCUGCUGGGGCAGUCACAUCCGAACAGAUGAGCCAUUUAGUCUCUAAUCUCAACAUGUUAGAGCAAAUUGGUGAAAUGAAUCGUAUAUUCACACGUAGUCAAAAAUUGAACAGUGAGGCUAUCAUAGACUUUGUUAAGGCUCUCUGCAAGGUCUCCAUGGAGGAGCUGAGAUCUACAUCUGAUCCUCGGGUUUUUAGCCUUACAAAGAUUGUUGAGAUUGCGCACUAUAACAUGAACCGGAUCAGGCUUGUAUGGUCAAACAUCUGGCUUGUACUCUCUGAUUUCUUUGUGACUAUCGGUUGUUCUGAAAACCUGUCAAUUGCAAUUUUCGCUAUGGACUCUUUACGACAGCUAUCAAUGAAAUUUUUGGAGCGAGAAGAGUUGGCUAAUUACAAUUUUCAGAAUGAUUUUAUGAAGCCUUUUGUCGUCGUUAUGCGCAAGAGCAGUGCUGUUGAAAUCCGAGAAUUAAUCAUCAGAUGUGUCUCACAGAUGGUGUUAUCUCGAGUCAAUAAUGUCAAAUCAGGAUGGAAAAGCAUGUUCAUGGUUUUCACCACUGCAGCUUAUGAUGCACAAAACAUCGUUCUGUUGGCCUUUGAAAUAAUGGAAAAGAUUAUUCGAGACUAUUUCCCAUACAUUACUGAAACUGAAACAGCCACCUUUACUGACUGUGUGAAUUGCCUAAUUGCAUUCACCAACAGUAGAUUCAACAAAGAUAUCAGUCUCAAUGCAAUUGCUUUUCUACGUUUCUGUGCCACAAAGCUUGCAGAAGGGGAUCUUGACUCAAAAGAUAAGGAAUUUGGGAAGGUUUCUCCAUCUUCACCCAACAAGGGAAAAGAUGGAAGACAAGAUAAUGGAGAGCUAGUGGAUAAGAAUAACCAUCUCUAUUUUUGGUUCCCGUUGUUGGCUGGCUUAUCCGAACUCAGCUUUGACCCGAGGCCAGAAAUUAGGAAGAGUGCUUUACAAGUUUUGUUUGAAACUUUACGCAACCAUGGUCACCUCUUCUCACUACCUUUGUGGAAAGGGUUUGAGUCUGUCCUGUUUCCAAUAUUUGACUAUGUGCGACGCGCUAUUGAUCCAUCAGGUAGUGACUCACUUGAGCCAGGGAUUGUUAAUGACAUGGAUGAACAUGAUCAAGAUGCAUGGCUCUAUCAGACGUGUACAUUGGCACUACAAUUAGUUGUAGAUCUUUUUGUGAACUUCUAUAAUACUGUCAAUCCUCUUUUGAGGAAGGUUCUUUCAUUACUUGUAAGUUUUAUCAAGCGUCCCCAUCAAAGCCUAGCUGGCAUUGGAAUUGCCGCAUUUGUACGUUUGAUGAGCAAUGCAGGGGAUCUUUUUUCAGAGGAGAAGUGGAUGGAAGUGGUUUCUUCAUUAAAAGAAGCAGCUAAUGCUACACUUCCUGAUUUUUCUUUCGUUGUUAGUGGGGAUAACAUGGCUGGAAGCAGUGGAGAUGCUUUGAAGAGCCAAAGCAUCGAGGCUUCUGCUGGUUCUGACACAUCUCAUGGUGAUUCAGAGAGCUUGACAGCACACCGCCUUUAUGAUCUUUUAUCCGAUGCUAAGUGCCGAGCUGCUGUUCAGCUUCUAUUGAUUCAGGCAAUGAUGGAAAUUUACAGCAUGUAUCGAACUCACCUUUCAGCUAAGAGCACCUUAGUCCUCUUCGAGGCAAUGCAUGCUGUGGCGUCCCAUGCUCACAGGAUCAAUAACAAUAGCGUACUACGUUCCAAGCUUCAAGAGUUUGGUCCCGUUACCCAACUACAAGAUCCUCCGCUAUUGCGCCUUGAGAAUGAGUCGUAUCAGUUUUGCCUUACAUUCUUGCAGAAUCUGAUAUUGGAUAGGCCUCCAAGUUACGAGGAAGCGGAAGUAGAGUCCCAUCUCGUAGAUCUUUGCCAAGAGAUACUGCAAUUAUAUAUCGAAACGGCAUGCCCUGGACAGGCUUCUGAAACAUUGACCAAUGGACGUACACCCUGGGUUAUUCCUUUAGGUUCUGGGAAACGUAGAGAAUUGGCUGCCCGUGCACCUCUUGUUGUGACGACUAUGCAGGCCCUUUGCAGUUUGGGAGAAACAUUGUUCGAGAAGAACUUACCUCAAUUAUUCCCUCUUAUUUCGAGCUUGAUAAGUGCUGAGCAUGGUUCCAAUGAGGUCCAGGUGGCUCUCAGUGAUAUGCUUAGCUCCUCAGUCGGUCCCGUCCUGCUUCGAUCAUGUUUGUCCUGGUGAAUUGGACUGUGUUUUGAAUAUGUAUGAUAAAUACGGCUCCCCCUCGAACCCUCCGAUCUAACUCCAUAGUUUUAUUUUCUCGUACAGGUUACAAUAUAGCUUGAAUAUAGUGCAAGUGUAGUUUUAUGUUGGGAUAAUAGCCAUUUUCUUCAGAAUAUAUAGAUAUAACACUGGUCUAUUUCCUUUUUUCUCUUUAA